GCUCCGGAUUCUCCACAGUCGAGCUUCAACUGUUUCGAGAUGAUGUCGCCGAGAGAGACCCGCACCUGGCUGCCGUUGGCGGUGGCCGCCCUCCUGCUGAUCGUAGGACCACAGCCCUCCCGGGCCGAGGAGCCCAUCUACCGGCUGUGUGUGCCGCAGAUCUACUUGAAGGAGUGCCAGCAGCUGCUGGCCGAUCCCUCGGAGGCGGGCAUCCGCAUGGAGUGCGUGGCCGGACGGGACCGGGUGGACUGCCUGGAGCUGAUCGAGCAGCGCAAGGCCGAUGUGCUGGCCACGGAGCCGGAGGACAUGUACAUCGCCUACCACCGCAAGAACGAGGACUAUCGCGUGGUCUCCGAGAUCCGCACGCAGCAGGACAAGGAUGCCGCCUUCCGUUACGAGGGCAUCAUCCUGGUGAAGAAGGACUCCCCCAUCCGCACCCUGCAGCAGCUGCGCGGCGCCAAGUCCUGCCACACUGGCUUCGGCCGCAACGUGGGCUACAAGAUCCCCAUCACCAAGCUGAAGAACACGCACGUCCUGAAGGUGUCCGCCGAUCCGCAGAUCUCCGCCACGGAGCGCGAGCUGAAGUCGCUGUCCGAGUUCUUCACGCAGUCGUGCCUGGUGGGCACCUACUCUACGCACCCGGACACGGACCGUCUGCUGAAGAAGAAGUACUCGAACCUGUGUGCCCUGUGCGAGAAGCCGGAGCAGUGCAACUACCCGGACAAGUUCAGUGGCUACGACGGCGCCAUCCGCUGCCUGGACAAGGGCCAGGGCGAGGUGGCCUUCUCGAAGGUGCAGUACAUUAAGAAGUACUUCGGCCUGCCGGGCGCCGGACCAGAUGCUCCGCCAGCGGAGGGCAACCCGGAGAACUUUGAGUACCUGUGCGAGGACGGCACCCGUCGCCCGAUCACCGGACCCGCCUGCUCCUGGGCCCAGCGCCCCUGGAGCGGCUACAUCUCCAACGAGAAGGCCGUCCACAGCGCCGACCAGCUGCACCAGCUGCAGUCGCGUCUGGAGCGCUUCUUCGCCAAUGGACUGCAGGCGCAGAACAAGGACGCCGCCGCCCACCUGCUCAUCCAGCCCAAUGCCGUGUACCACAGCAAGGACGCGGCCAUCGAUCCCAAGGUCUAUCUGGAGCGUGCCGGCUACAAGGAUGUGAUCGAGCGCGACGGCAGUGCCAUCAGGAAGAUCCGAUUGUGCGCCCAGAACGACGACGAGUUCGCCAAGUGCCAGGCCCUCCACCAGGCGGCCUACGCCCGCGAUGCGCGUCCGGAGCUCGAGUGCAUCCAGUCCACCGACUGCGUGGUGGCUCUGACCAAGAAGGAGGCCGAUCUGGCCAUUGUGCCGCCCUCCGGCUAUGCGGAUGCCCGUCGCAACGAGCUGCAGCCGGUGGUCUACGAGCAGAGGGCCCAGGACGAUGUCCUGGUGGCGGUGGCAGCUCCCAGUGUUACUCGCGAGGCCCUCCAAAAGGCCAGCCUCAAAUUCAAUGAGAACUGCGGACGCUCCCGGGCAGCCGCUGCUCUGCUGAACAAGCGACGUGGUCUGGACGCCUGCCGUGUGUCCUCCAGUGCCGAUGGAGAGGUGCAGAUCGUGCCCGCCUCCGAGCUGGAGAAGCACAAGGACUCGCAGCUGGUGUGCCCCAGCCUGGAGCGACGACCGGUCACCGACUUCCUUGCCUGCAACGUGGACGUACAGCUGCCCCGGGCCAUCUUCGUCAGGAAGGACACCACCAGCGUGGAGCAGGAGACGGUGAAGCACCUGUUCUCCCUGAUUUCUGACAAGUUCGGCGCCCACGGCAAGUUGGUGGAUGUCUUUGCCCUGUUCGGAGAGUUCCAGGAGGGCAAGAAGAACGUCUACUUCAAUGACAAGGCAGUUCAGCUCGCCACGGAGAUCAAGAACGAAAUCCAGGACGAGCAGAUCUACGCAGAUCUCCAGUGCGAUGGCAACAAGAUCGCCAAUCAGUGAGCAGGACGAGUUCCCUCUCCCCCAGCUCAUUUUGAAUCAAUAAAUUUUAUCCACAAUAAUAUCAAAAA